AUUUUAUUUCCUUAAUGCGCCACUUUUUUUGACAUAUUUUUUUUUUCUCCUCUCUUUUUCCUUACACAUUAUAAUUAGAAAUUAUGGCUAAAGCAAAGAAGUCCCCCGUCGCCAAACAAGUCGUCGCUUCUGAAGAAAAGUCUAGCAAACUUUUGGAAGAUUUCCAGGGCUUCAAAAUCCUCCCUGUUGUUGUAGAUAGCGCAAAGAGUGUUCGCCAUUACUUCUACAUGAGAAAGCAUGAAAGUAAAGCAAUUGUUGACGAAGACAUCAAAGAUCGUACCCUUUUCCUUCUUAAUUUACCCGCCGAUACAACGGACCGUCACAUCAGAAAGCUGUUUAAAGGACAUGCUAUCGAGCAAAUUACCUAUAAAGAUUUUGGAUCUUCAGCCUCAGAAGAAUACCAUAAAAGAGCUGUCAACGACGAAACCAAAGAAAACAAUAAGCACGUUAGAGAAUUAAGGAAAUUAUUUACCUGUGGUUCUUCAGCACAUGUUGUUUUCACUACAGAAGAGGAUUUAUCAUCAGUCUUAAAUAUGCGUAGGGUCGAAAAGAAGUGGGCUAGUGAUGAUUCUACAGAACAACCUUUAGGAUUUGAACGUUAUGUUUUGGCAUACGAUUUAUCACGACCCAACGCAGCUGAACUUCAGCAAGAAGUCGAUUCAUACAUGAUGAAAUUUAAGGCCGAUGAAUACCAAAAGGAGCGUGAGAAGUUAGAACGUAUGAACCAAAUGGAUGACGAUGGUUUCACCACGGUUGUCCGUCACAAAAAGACCAAAGCGUCAGAUGGUACCAUUCAUGUUGGUUCUAUCACUGCUGAGGCUGCUGAAGCACAAAAAGUACAUCAGGCCAAAAAGAAGAAGGAAUUGGUUAACUUUUAUCGCUUCCAAAUGCGUGAAAAGAAACAAAAUGAAUUGGUUGAUUUAAGAAGACGCUUCGAAGAGGAUAAGGCAAAGAUUGCCCAAUUGAAACAAACGAGAAAAUUCAAGCCAUAUUAGAAAACCAUAUAAACUUUUGUAUAAUAAAAAAUGUAUAUUCAUU